AUGGUUGUUGCCCAGCAUGCGCUCGUCUCCUGUUGCCUGCCCGCCGCGCGCUGCCUCGCCGACGACCUCUGGUACCUCGACGCUAGCUUCGGCCUCAAGUACGAGGCCUUCUUGGCGCUCUCACCGACGGCGCCCGAGUCGCCGCCACCCACGCAGUGCCACCCGCGCAUCUCGCUCACGUGGCCAAGCCGCUCGAUGGACCCAAAAACGACACGAAACGAAGCGAGCGCACCGCGCCGAGUCGGCAAUUACUCGCCGCAGACGCGGCGCCAGCGCAUCCAGCGGUUCCAUGCAAAGCGGCAGCAGCGACAGCUCAAGUUUGCGACGCUGCCCGACGACGGCGAGGACGAGCACGAGCACGACGCACAGCACAGCUGCCUCUCGUCACCGCUGUGGGUGCCGUCGCUGCCGGACGACGACCUCGAAGCAAGUGCGAUGAUUGACGACACGUUCCAAGAACUGUGCUUGCCAGAUGAGGUUGGGUUCAUCACCGACCACGACAACGACGACGACGACGACGUGCUCGAGAGUGUCGAGCUGUAG